UUAAGAUCUCCGUCUUCUCCCUCCUCGUCACCAGCUUUGCCAGCACUUUCUGUCGAACACUUUGCGGCCAGAUGCAAUAGAAAGUCUCACUCUUUUGAGAAGAAUUGAUUGUUUAUUCCGCCAUAUAACGCUGUUUAGAGGAGAUCAUCUUCAUUCUUACAGACUAACGAGAUGGGCAGCAAAGAGGAGUACUUGCGAAAGCCAAGCCAGAGCCAGAGUCCGAUGCGGUUGAAGCUAAAGAUCCUCCUGCUAUUGCUCUCAACCAAUAUCCUCUCCAUCUACAUCUUCUAUGGCUCCGCCGACCACCAUAGGUGGCUACCGUCCUCCGUCCGCCACUGGGACUUCGCUGGGCUCCUCCGCGAGUUGAACGCCACCCAGAGUAAGCUCUCAGCCAGCCAGGCCCAGGUGGUGCUGCUCAACCAGCGGCUCGCCAGCACCAAGUCCUUGCUCGAGAGGCUCCUCGCCGACGUCGGCCAAGCCCACCGCGACGAGGCGCCGGAGCAGGGCCUGGAAAGGUGGGCGCACCAGCUCGGCGGGGAGCUGAAGCUCGCCGUGGGGCCGCACAAGCUCCCCUUGGGCUACACUCCCAACCUCGGCUCCCACGAGAUGUACCCGACGCUUGGCACGGCUUGCCGGCGCUUCCAGGAGGAGUUGGUCCAGUUCAUGAGCUACGACGUCGGGGGCGAGUGCCCGUCCGACGAGGUGUUCGCGCAGCGGUUGAUGCUCAAAGGUUGCGAGCCUCUUCCCCGGCGCCGGUGCCACCCCAAGUCUCCCGCCGGCUACGUCGAGCCCACGCCGUUCCCGGAGAGCCUCUGGUCGAUCCCGCCCGACACCAGCAUCGCCUGGGAUGCGUACACCUGCAAGAACUACACAUGUUUAGUCAACAGGAGCAAGCAGAAGGGGUCCUACGACUGCAAGGACUGCUUCAACCUGGGUGGCCGGGAGAAGAACCGGUGGGUCUACAGCGACGGGGAGCUCAACUACGGGAUCGACGAGGUCCUGAGCGUCAAGCGCGGCGCCAUCCGCAUCGGGCUAGACAUAGGCGGCGGCACCGGCUCGUUCGCGGCGAGGAUGAGGGAGCGCAACGUGACCAUAGUCACCAGCACCAUGAACUUCAACGGACCCUUCAACAACUUCAUCGCCUCCCGCGGCCUCGUCCCGCUGCACAUCAGCGUCGCUCACCGGCUGCCCUUCUAUGACAGCACGCUCGACAUCGUCCACUCCAUGCAUGUGCUCAGCAACUGGAUCCCUGACGUCAUGCUCGAGUUCGCUCUCUUCGACAUCUACCGGGUGCUGCGGCCCGGCGGCCUCUUCUGGCUCGAUCACUUCUUCUGCCACGGCAAGCAGCUCAACUCCACGUACGUGCCCAUGUUCCAGCGCAUCGGGUUCAGGCGGCUCCGGUGGCACGCAGGCCGGAAGCUCGAUCGAGGCUUCGAAAAGGACGAGUGGUACGUCUCUGCACUUCUGGGGAAGCCCUUGACAUAGCCUAACACCAAAGCAGGUCCAUCGAGGAGACAUUGAAAUUAUCAGCCGUGGCAUGUGGUGUUAUGAGUGUAAUUGUUUCGUCUAUUGUGACACUACUGAUAAAAGAGUGAAGAAAGAUCAGCUUCGGACGAACUCUACAGGAAUAAACUCAGCAAUCUUUUCUGUCCGU